AUGUUUCACCAUGGGCUUUUCACUGGCAAUCGCAACUUCUCAAUUUCUCUUUUCUGCGUUUUCGCCGAAGGCAUGGCCUUUUUUGCAGCCAACACGUACUUCGCCUUCCAAGUUAGCGUCUUGUACGAGACAGACGCCAUCAUUGUCGGGGCCCGAUACAGCUUGAUGCUCGUCGCUGCUGGUACCGGCGCAGCUAUUGCUGGCUGGUACUGCGCUAUCACGAAGCGAGUGCGAUGGAUCACCGUCCUUGCGUUUCUCAUCUUUGUGGCAUUCUUUGCGUGCAUGGCGACGACAAACCGGGACACCAGCAACCCGGUCUGGGGAUACCCGAUCCUUCUCGGCAUUGCUCUGGGUAUGACUUUGCCAACUCUUGUCACGGCAGCUCAGCUCAGUAUCCCGCCCGAGUUGAUCUCAGUCGCUAGCGGUCUCAUCAUCAGCGUUCGAUCGCUUGGUGGGACGAUUGGUAUUACAAUCUACAGUGUUCUCUUCAACGAUGGCAUGAGCCUCAUGGCCCCAAAUAUCGCCAAAGCAGUCCUACCGGCGGGCCUCGACGCUGAUAAUCUUCCGGCUAUUAUUGGAGCUCUGAUUUCUCAUAACGAGAGCGCAAUCGCCCAAGUUCCAGAUAUAACUCCGGACAUUGUCUUACGAGGAACCCAUGCACUUCUCGAUACAUACGUCGAAGCUUUCAGAGAUGUCUGGAUCUCGGCGGCUUGUUUCGUUGCCGUGGCAGCUAUCGUCUCUGCUUUUCUCUUUGAUCCUGAGAAAGAGUUCAAUAAUCACAUUGAUGCCCCUUUGGAAGAGAAACACAGAUUCCUUGCGGCAGAAUGA